AUGGGGUACACCACCUACAUCGAGAGCACUACGCUUUCCCCGGAUAUUCUGCCAAUUCCGAGUAUUGGAAUUUUGAUCGCCCUGCUCCUUCUCAUCGCCUUCUUCAUUUACUUUUCGUCCCGUUCGACCUCCCCCUUGCCUCUUUCGUCACUUCCUAUCAAGUCCAAGUCCAAGAUGGACAUGGCAUCCGUGAUGACUUCUCUGGAGCCCAUGUCCAAGUCCAGGCUGAUUGGUCUGUCCAAGGCCAAUUUGCUGGACGGAUCUCCAGAAUUCGAGCACCCAACCCUGCUUCCCCGCAGUUCCCGUUCUCGCGGUGCCCGUGGCCGUGGCCUUGGCCGCAACGGUGGUAGCAGACGUGCUCCGCAAGUCUUCAGACUGAUUGAUUGCCAGGGUUCUCCGAUCUACCUGGGCUCUGAUUCUGCCAGCCGGGACAUUACCCCUGAAUUGAUCCCAGGUCUCAGUGAAAAGAUCGUUUCGCCCGAUGAGAUCCGUCUCCAACUAGCCAACCCGCAGGACUGGAUCGAUUGGGCCAUCAAUGGGUCGACUGUGUUCGACAAUAAGGAGGACGAGGUUGCCGCUGCCAGGUGCCCCGGGACCAUCAUAGGUCCGGAGGGUGUGAAGAGCAACAUGUUCUUCCAAUGGGGACUUCGCUACGUCCCGCCUCGUGAUGCUGGCAAUGUUUAUCGCGCUGUCGUUAUUGAAAAUCUCCCACAGUGUGCUACCCUUGACCAGAUCCUGCCUCGAAUCCGCGGUGGACAAAUCUAUUCUGCGUCCCUGUGCGAUACUAAGAACAUCAUGAAUGGGUCUCCGACCGCCAUCGUCAGUUUUAUCCAUCAGGACGGUGCCCUCGCUUUCCUCAGCCGGGUUGCUCAGGAGGGCUUUUAUAUGGGCUUCACACCCGUGCGAGUCCGGCCCGUAUCGACCCCAACCUAUCUCUUGAGCCAGGAUAUGGAGAAUAAUAUUCUGCAGAACGGCCGAAGCCGCUGCCUAGUCUUCACCUCUCAUCAUCCGACGACUAGGGAGAGGCUCUACAGCAAGCUCGCCAAGUCAUCUUUCUCUUCUCACGUGGAGUGCUUCGGGGAGCAUGGCGACAACGGAACGAUUACCGUUCGAUUCGAUUCGAUCAAGACAGCUAUACAAGUUUACCAGAUCCUCAACGGGCUCGAGAUUUUCAAGGAGGCCAAGUUCGGUACUGACCCCUGUUCGGAGGUGUGA